ACUUAGUAUGCAGAGAGUCAAAAUUUUAAGCUGCAUCGGUAGUGAAUUGGUAAAAUUCUUUAAGUUCUUAGCAUUAACCUUGCUGCACAUGACGCACCAUGAAGAAUAAAGCUAAGUGAACAUACCUUUUUUUAUAAAUUUGCCAUUCAUAUUGAGACCUCCCAAAGCUAGAAUCCGAAAAAAGAACUUAAUCUUUUCUCCGACCCUUCUAUCUUCAUGCUAUACGACCUUCAAAAAGGCUUGAUCAAUGACAGCAGCUGCCGCUACCAAUUUACCAAAAAUGCAACGUUAGAGUUUUUGGUGUAGUUUGUCUUAAUAAUCAAGCACAAAUUCUUCUAUUCUCUAUCAAGAGUACUCCAAAAUCUCAAUAAUGGAGAAACUACUCAAUCUCCCCAUUAUUUUAAUUUCCUUCUAAUGUUGAGAUUCCACCUUCCUUUGUAGUUGUUCCUAGAAUCUUUGACUUGUAACCAUCAGAAUUUGCAAAGGGUUGAAGUUUAGAAAAUAGUGAAUGGGUAGGAAGUAUGGAUGAUGGGACCAGGGAACGUUGACAGAUCUAACCAAAGAAUCCUCACCAACUUUAAAUGUCAAGAAAUAGAAGUAAAACCAUGAGCAUAUUUUCACUUAUGGGCACAUAAUUUGUCUUAUAGCUUUCUACAUAUUUGUUCAUUGGCAAAGCUCCUCAGUGACAGAACCUCCCUUCAAGAGAGCUAAGUGCAUGAGCUCGUGCAUAGGUACAAUUUUUUAAUAAAUGGCCUUGCACUUUAGGCUCAGUGGGCUAUUAUGCUCCAACACACUUUUGGGAAGAUACACAAGUCUUUGUUGCGACCGGGAAUUUCAUUCAAGCCACGUAGUCCAAAGGAAAGCAAACACAGAGUUCAGCGAAAGAAUCUUCUUUUCCUUCUUAAAUGGAUGACCAUUGAAAAGGUGUGAUAGGAUGUCUCGAUUAUGUUGAGGGAGGGUUGUAUGCCAACCAAAAUCAGCCAGGAUGAAAUUCCAAAAACUUUGGUCCGGUUUCCGUGAAAAGACAGAUGAGAAUGGGUCUCUCCACCAUUCUUGUACAUAUGAUAGAAGCUUGUGGAGAUACCAAUCCAUGGGCACUGAGUUUGUAGUUUGUCUUAAGCGUUGAGGAAACUGUGGCUCAAUUCCCAAAUGAGAAACUUAACUUUCUUAGGAUAACUACUACCCCAAAUAGAUUGGUAAAUAUGCUUGAAUGUUGCAUCAUCUUUAUAGGAUAGGUUUAACAUUCUGGGAUGAAUUGGCACAUAUUGCUUCUCAGCACGUCCAGAAAGGCAACCAGAUAUAUGUAUCUGGUCGGCUGGUAGCAGAUUUAGUUGAAGCUGAUGAUGGGAAACAGCAAACAUACUACAAGGUAGUGGUUCAGCAACUGAAUUUUAUAGAAAGAAGCAACUCAACAGCACCCCAUUACGACCAAGACUCUAAUUCCAUAAUGGCAGGGAGAAAGCCCGGCAGUGGUGCUGUUGAUAACACAGGGUCCACACAAGAACUAUGGCAAGCAUUCUUUGCUAAUCCCGUUGACUGGUGGGACAAUAGGAAGAAUAAGAAGAACCCAAAAUAUCCUGAUUUUAAACACAAGGACACUGGGGAAGCCUUGUGGGUUGAGGGCAGGUAUAAUCCACCUUGGGUGAAGUCUCAGCUUGCAUUAUUAGACAUGAGAAUGGGUUCUCUUGAUGAUCAGGAAGCCAAAAUGGCCAACUUCGUAACUAGUUUUGAUUUUCCAUCUUACUAAACUGACUUUGGAUUGCUUUAAAUUGUUUCCAAGAGGGUGUAAACCAAAUAUAUUAGUAAGAUUCUUUUGUGAUGUCUGGCUCGUAUAGUUUGUAAUUUGGUGCAUUGUAUAUUGGUUGUUAGUAAUUCAAAUAUUUCGUCAGUCUCUAGGAUCAGUGCCUUUUAUGGAAGAAAAAAAAUACAUGGAGUUCAUCCCA